AUGCAUAUCGCACUGCUGCUCCUAGGUGUUGGUUCCGCUUUCGCCAAUUAUGAUACUCAGCCGUCAGGUUACGGUGACAAUAAUGCAUACGAUGUGCAGCAUGUGGCAAAGAAGUCUCCCCACAACAAGCCAGUAGACUACACCAGGUCUAAUGACUUCCCCGGCUUCAACUUCAUCGGAAAUAAGAUAGCUGAGCAGACUCUUGGCCAGGUCAACACUCAAGGACAGUCUAACGUUCAGAAGGGAGGAGAUCAGACCAACGUAGGUCUGAACCAAAACGAAGUCAAUGUUGGACAGGUCAAUAACCAGAACACUGGCUCCGGAAAGAGAGGAUAUGAUGCCCCAUACAGACCUACUUACCCUGGAGGCUACAAUCCAAACCCAGCCACUAACAUCCUCGGCAAUAACUUUGAUCUACAAACCCUGGGACAGGUUAACACCCAAGGACAAACUAGUGUCCAACAAGGAGGUGAUCAGACUAACGUUGGAUCCAACGCCAACACCGUGAACGUCGGACAAACCAACACUCAGGGUGGUGUCGGAACUGGUGGAUACAAACCCAGCUAUGAUGCUCCUCGACCCUAUGGCGGUUACCAAGGUGGAUAUAACCCAGCCACCAACGUCCUAGGCAACAACUUCGAUUUGCAAACCCUCGGACAGGUCAACACCCAAGGACAAACUAGUGUUCAACAGGGAGGUGAUCAGACCAACGUCGGAUCCAACACCAACGCCGUAAACGUUGGACAAACCAACACUCAGGGUGGAGCUGGAGCCGGAGCAGGCUACAGACCUUCAUACGAUGCUCCUUCUUAUGGAGCCGUGCUAAUUCCAAUCAACCCUUCAACAGGAGGAUAUGCCGGAGGAUACGCAGGUGCAGGUGGAAAUGUCGUAGGAAACAAAUUCGAUGUCCAAAAUCUAGGACAGGUCAGCAGCCAAGGCCAAGCAAACUUGCAGAAGGGAGGUGAUCAAACUAAUGUCGGUGUGAACCAGAACGCUGUAAACGUAGGCCAGCAGAACAAUCAGGGAGGUGCGGGAGCAGGAUACAGGCCUUCAUAUGAUGCUCCAAGCUACGGAGCCGGUGCCGGUGCAGGAUACAACGGCGGACCAAUCUACGUGCCUGACUUCAACAACUUCAUCAAGAACAACGUUAAUUCACAGACUCUCGGACAGGCCAAUACCCAAGGGCAAGUAAAUGUGCAGAAGGGAGGUGAUCAGACAAAUGUCGGAUCCAACGCAAACACCGUCAAUGUUGGUCAGCAGAACAAUCAGGGAGGGAACGGCGGCUCCUAUGGAAAACCAUCUUACGAUGUCCCCAGAUAUGCUGCUAUUCUUAUCCCUAACUACAACGUAGUUGGCAACAAAAUUGAUGCCCAAACACUUGGACAGGUCAACACCCAAGGGCAAAGCAAUGUACAGCAAGGAGGCGACCAGACCAAUGUCGGAUCAAAUGCCAACGCCGUCAACGUUGGGCAGGCUAACACUCAGGGAACUGCUGGCACUAAACCUAGCUAUGACGCUCCGCGCGGAUUCUUUUAUGCUGGAAACAGAUACAGCGGCCAGAAUCUUGGACAGGGCAGCACACAGGGCCAAGGAAACUAUCAACAGGGCGGAGCUCAGGGCAAUUUCGGAGUUAACAGCAACGUUAUAAACGUCAGCCAAACCAACACACAAACUGUUGACGGUUUCAAGUAA